AUGACCAAUCACAUAAGGGGUCAGCUUAUUGGCCGUUGCUAUGUCCAACGAUGUGCCGUAGAGGAAUUUGGGUAUCAAAUCUGCCCAACACUGACAAAGCUACAAAUCUGUGGAUUAGGCUCCCGCUGUCAUGAGCCGGAACAUGCUGCAGAUUUUAUACUAGACCUUGGAUUCGAGGAUGAACCAAAGGCCGAUGUUCCCCCCGUAAAGCUUCGCAAACAACGCUUCGUAAAAAAAGUCGCAUCCUUUCGGUGCCUAACUGUCAUACCACCAGAGGGAAGCACGAGGACCGGGAUACUGCCAGGUUCCCCAAGCCUAGACAAGAGAAGUCGGGAUGCAGAGGUUGGAUUCGAACCACGGACCUUCCGGUCUCUAAUUAUAAUUCAUUUAAUGCAUCGAAUUCUGUGUCUUCGGCAGAAAUUUCGGGGCAUGUAUGUACGCAUCUCGACCCCAACUAUACCGUUGUGUGAACCCGGCUGUCACUCUGCUUCCCAUCCGCGUUACGCGUGCCCAAACAUGGCAAGUAGCUCGAGUAUCGAGCUGAUCUGGCUCAGAAGCUACUGA